UCCAAUGAACAAUGGAUGCUGGCUUCACAGGGUGGAAACCAGUUUUCCAAUGGAAAAUGCCUGCAUAAAGAAACAAAUCUUGCAGCGUGCAGGGGGGCCAGAGUGGUACAGCCCUGUCAGGAGUAAGUUCCACAGCUCCAGGCUUUCGGCCGAGAGUGCUCGAACAAGAGGCUGAAAAUGACCAGAUGUUUGUAUAACUAAGAAUAGAAUUUCCAGCUUAAAGUGAGAGGAAUCUCGCCCUGUGCCACAACUUGUCUCGAGUAAGGAAGGAAUUUUCUGCCCCAUGGACAGUGAUGUGAAUGAAGUGCUGCAGGAAGCUUGCCUCCCUCUGAAGCAGCAGCUGUUGGCGCCUGCCAGAUGUUCCAGGCACUGGUCUGUUCCUAUGUGCCGAGCUGCACAGGGACUUGCGUGUGAAUGGAGUCUGUCUUGUUUUAAUCUUUUUUUCUGAACUGAUUCAUUGGCAGCCAAGCUCCUGAAAGGCUUAAUCACUUCACUAAAAAGAAGGUGAUUCGUUCUGCUCAGCCAUUCGCUGAGAGUCAGAAGACUAAAAUUCAAGGGACGCUCAAGUAAUUUUAGGCCCAGAAUUUAGUGAGUGGGUUUUAGUCAGGGGAGGGAAAGCUUGCUGUGAAGCGAGUAUUUUGUUGUUGCUUAAAUCUUUCCCCUGCAGUCCUGAGAAGCCCAGCACAACCGCAUCGGGCUAGUGCCUAAGAACUGGGAAUAUGGAAUUUACCCAUUGGGGUUCAUUGUCCAGCCUGAAUCCAGAUGCCAAAAGGAAGAAAACAACACCUCUCCCAGAGCUCUUCUCCAUCCCUAUCGGACCAACUCCAGAUGGGCUGCGAGGAGACAUCCGCUGCAAGUCUGAAUGUGGAAUGCAGGGUCUGUGGGGAUAUAGCAUCAGGAUUUCAUUACGGAGUGCAUGCAUGCGAGGGCUGCAAGGGUUUCUUCCGUCGGACGAUCCGCAUGAAGCUGGAGUAUGAGAAGUGUGACCGGAACUGUAAAAUCCAGAGGAAGAACCGGAAUAAGUGCCAGUAUUGUCGCUUCCAGAAAUGCCUCUCACUGGGCAUGUCGCACAAUGCAAUUCGUUUUGGCCGCAUGCCAGAAGCAGAGAAGAGGAAGCUGGUAGCGGGUCUGAUGGUGAGCGAGAUCAGCUGCCAGAACCCGCAGGUGGCUGACCUGAAAGCUUUCUCCAAGCACAUCUACGAUGCCUACCUGAAAAACUUCAACAUGACCAAAAAGAAGGCAAGAGGCAUCCUCACUGGGAAGACCGGCAGCACCCCGCCGUUCGUGAUCCAUGACAUGGACACCCUGUGGCAGGCAGAAAAGGGGCUGGUCUGGAAGCAGCUUGUGAACGGGAUCCCUCCAUACAAGGAGAUUGGGGUCCACGUCUUCUACCGCUGCCAGUGCACCACGGUGGAGACGGUGCGGGAGCUCACAGAGUUCGCCAAGAGCAUUCCCAGCUUCCUCGGCCUCUACCUGAAUGACCAGGUGACCCUGCUGAAGUAUGGGGUCCAUGAAGCCAUCUUCGCCAUGCUGGCCUCCAUCAUGAACAAGGACGGGCUUCUGGUGGCCAACGGGAACGGGUUUGUGACACGCGAGUUCCUGCGCAGCCUGCGCAAGCCCUUCAGCGAGAUCAUGGAGCCCAAGUUUGAGUUUGCCGUGAAGUUCAACGCCCUGGAGCUGGACGACAGCGACCUCUCUCUUUUUGUGGCUGCCAUUAUCCUGUGCGGGGACCGCCCUGGCCUUAUGGACGUGAAGCAGGUGGAGGGGAUACAGGACAACAUCCUCCAGGCCCUGGAGUUCCACCUGCAGGCCAACCACCCGGACGCUCAGUACCUCUUCCCCAAGCUGCUCCAGAAGAUGGCUGACCUGCGGCAGCUGGUGACCGAGCACGCGCAGCUGGUGCAGAAGAUUAAAAAGACAGAGACGGAGACCUCAUUGCACCCGCUUCUGCAGGAAAUCUACAAGGACAUGUACUGAGGAGCUUUAAAGCCAUGGAUCCUGAGCAAAACACUUUGUAUGGUGACCCAGAAGCCUCCCCCGCCCUCCCCCCACAACGUCUUCCAUUUCUUCUACUUGGUACUAUUUUCUAGAUGAUCUCUACGUAUGGUACAUAGGCCUACCUGCCAUGAGAUUUCGUGGCUACUGCGUGCUAAGCCCGGGCUUCCGUUAACACACACUUAUGAACCUCAAAGGCAAAACAUAAGCGAGGCUUCUGUUGCCGCAGCCCAGCUGUCACGCCGCUCCCUUCUGCCUUCCAAGCGACCCACGUGUUUACGUGCAUUGCAGAGAAGGUGGGAUUAUGGCACCAGCAGAGUGACAAGGGUAUGGUCUGAUGUAAUGAGACCACUCAGUACCUUCGUUAUCCGGCAGGUCCAGGAACAGCACUUACAUCACUUGUCCAUUGUGCGUUGGUUUUGUAUUGCACUUGGCAGACUCUUAGGCCUGAGCUGUAAAGCCUGGGACAUUGGAACAAAAGGAAGUGUGUCUCUCUCUCUCUGGAUGCAUGGAUCUCCCAAAGAAUGGUCUGACUGUUUGAUGAAGGGUACUGAUGCUUCAUUGGGGGAGAGACCGUUGGUUAGUCCCCUGGAUUCACAAGACAGGCGUGACC